AUGUUGUACGUAGUUAGAACUCCACUUUUUGAGUAGAACCUUACCAGAAACUCACAUAAAUUUUUGGGUGCAGAAACAACAGAUAGAGCACUAUAUUAAGAAUAACAAAGAUCUGCCUAUCCCUAUUCAGGAAUCAGGAGUAAGCCAUGAAGGUCACAAACAUCUACUGCUUACUGAUCAUUUUUCUGGUUUGCGUCACCAGUUCAAGUUUAACACAAGCACGUUCCAAAUCAUCGACAAAAGUGAUAGCAGUACACGCAGAGACAAGGACUUGCUUCAGUCGCAGAAGCCCUUGCUUCCUCCACCGGCUAACCUGCCCAAGACAGUGUCCUUCAUCACACCCCAAAGAUCCUAAAGCUAAAGUUUGUUAUAUAGACUGCAACUCACCAAUAUGCAAGGCUGAAUGCAGAAAUCGCAAGCCAAAUUGCAGCGGCAGAGGAGCAGCAUGCUUGGACCCUCGCUUCAUUGGUGGAGAUGGCAUAGUUUUCUAUUUCCAUGGCAAGAGCAAACAGCACUUUAGUUUAGUAUCAGAUCCCAACCUCCAAAUCAACGCCCACUUCAUUGGACUCCGGCCUUCUGGCAGAACACGAGAUUACACGUGGAUACAAGCCCUAGGGAUCUUGUUCGACUCUCACGCUCUCUCUCUUGAGGCCACGCCAGCUGCAUCAUGGGAUGAACAAGUUGAGCACUUGAAGUUUUCUUAUGACAGACAGCAACUAAAUGUACCCAAAGGAUACUCAUCAAGUUGGACAUCAGCAAAUGAAAACCUGAAAAUAGAGAGAACAGAAAGCAGAAACAGUGUUAUUGUGACUAUACAAGAAAUUGCUGAGAUAUCAGUCACUGUGGUACCAGUUACUAAGGAAGAUGAUAGGAUACAUAAUUAUCAAAUACCUCCAAAUGAUUGUUUCGCACACUUGGAAGUGCAAUUCCGUUUCUUCGAACUUUCACCAAAAGUUGAAGGCGUGCUCGGAAGGACCUACCAGCCAGAUUUUAAAAACCCUGCAAAACCAGGUGUUGCUAUGCCCGUUGUAGGCGGAGAAGACAGAUACAGAACCUCAUCACUUUUAUCAGCAGACUGCAAAUCCUGCCUGUUCUCUCCAGUUGUAGGGCUAAAUCAGGAUCUCGAUUCUAUGAAAGACUUGGGUAUUUUAGACUGCAGAGGCAGCACGAUAAUUGGACAAGGAAUAGUGUGCAAGAACUGAGAAUAAAGAAUUUUAAUCCAUGAAAAAAAAUUCAUGGACAUGAAACUUUUCUCUCUUUUCUUUCCCUUUUUAUCUCUUUCACAAGCUUUUUAUCUCAAAAAAGUAGAAUGAGAAAAGUAUACAA